AUGGAAGAGUGUGGUGUGGAGCCACCAGAUGGUGGGUAUGGGUGGGUGGUGGUUAUCUCUGCCUUCUUCUCCAGGGGUUUUACCAUAGCCGUCCUUAAGAACUUUGGCCUGUUUUUCUUGGAGAUCCAGAACUACUAUAAUGUCCUCACCAGCGCUGUGUCAUGGAUCACAUCCACCAGCAUUGCUAUGUUUCAUUUGGGAGCUCCAUUUGCUGGAAGUCUUGGUGUCUAUGUCACACAGCGUGGUGUUAUGAUGAUCGGUGGCACUCUGGCUGCUUCAGGCAUGAUCUUUGCCUCACUGGGUCUGGGUUUUCCAUGGAUGUAUCUGUCAGCAGGAGUUCUACAAGGGCUGGGUAUAUCCUUCUGCUGGAUGCCAGCUAACAUCAUGGUCAGCCACUACUUCAAACGCUGGCGUCCGAUUGCCUUUUCCAUCUCCAGCUCAGGCGAGUGCAUCUUUGCUAUGGCCUUCAGCCCUUUUUUCCAGUGGCUCAUUGAGGCCUACUCAUGGCAAGGAGCUCUGCUCAUCAUUGGAGGACUUCAGCUCAAUCUUUUUGUGUGUGGAGCUUUGAUGAGACCUCUCAAACCGAAGGUAUUUUCCCAAACCCUGACUCCCCUGGUUGACCCAACAUCCAAGAAAAUUCCUUUCCAAUGCUCAAUGAUCCAGAGGCCUGAGUUGCUGCUAUAUAUUGUCUUUGCCAUCUUGGCUACCGCUGGUUUCUUCAUUCCACCUCUAUUUCUGGUUCCAUAUGCCAAUCACAAAGGAAUAGAGCAAUAUUGGGCUGCCUUCCUUCUCUCCAGUUUGUCCUUGGCUGAUCUGCUAGGCAGGCUGGCCUGUGGUUGGCUGGCUAAUUUGCAGGUGUUCAGGAACCUCCGGAUAUUAGCGACUGUGUCCAUGUUGCUAGGAACAGUGGUGCUGCUCCUGCCACUCGCACAAGAUUACUGGUCAAUCAUGGUUUUCAGCACAAUGUACGGCUUCCUGUCUGGCUGUGUUGUGGCCGUCCAUAUCACAAGUAUAGUAGACAUUGUAGGGCUGGCAAGCUUUGACAGUGCUCUUGGACUCUUCAUGCUACUGCGAACCUCUGGGGUGUUGGUCAUACCACCUGCUGCAGGCUGGCUAGUGGACUGGACCAGUGAAUUUAAUGCUUCAUUUUAUCUGGCAGGCCUCUGCUGUAUACUCUCAGCUGUUUUUGUCAUGAUGGUCGACCGGCUGGUGGAGAAGAAGAAUCGUGAUUUGAUAGCUGCAGUACUUGGUGCUAUAGCUAUCCAUGUGCGUGUGAAUAUGGAUAAGCCACUGGGCUGCAGUGUGGAACUUGAGGAUGAUAUUCCUGGCCUGGUUCUACCUCCGUAA